AUGGUCCACCUCGGUGGACCAUCACAAUCAUUUGACUGGGGUGCUCGGCUGCUUGGCCAGAAGGUCACGGGAAAAUGCCCACACUGUGCGGAGAAGUCUUCGGACAUCUUCCACAUGGUGUGGGCAUGGCAGUCAAUCCCUCGCCGCACCCCAAACCCAACCCACCCGGGAAAACUGGGAGGCGACCCUGCUCGGCUGCUCCGACCAGUGUGCUUGGGAGCCGUCUCCACCGCCGUGGCGUUGUUCCUCUCCCCCGCCGUGGUGGGCGCUUGCCGGCGCAAGAGCACCCGGCUGGUAGCCGUUCUCGGUGGACUGGUGGCCGCGCUGGGCUGCCUCUUCUCAUCGUUCGCCUCGCAGUUCCACCAGCUGUUCAUCAGCUACGGGCUCGUGCUCGGCUGCGGCGUCGCCAUGACACGGGACACGUCCAUGUUCAUGGUGGGACAGUACUUCAAGAAGCGGCGCGAGCUCGUCGAGCUCCUCCUGGCGGCCGGCACGGGGAUCGGCGUCGCCGUCGUGCCCAUUUUCAUCGUAGAGUGCAUACGGGUGGUAGGCUGGAGGCUGGGUCUACAGGCGCUUACGGGCAUCGUGCUGGUGCUGUUUGUGCUAGGCGUGUUCUACCGACCGGCGUCCCUGUACCACCCGCAGCGGCGCGCCAUCCUGCACCUCAAGAGCAUGCAGCGACGAUCCAAGGCCAAGGACCGAGGCUCGCAGGCCUCCGAAAGGCCUCCUUUUAUCGACUACGCAGUGCUUCGCUCCCGCACUGUCCAGAUCCUCGUUGUGGGCACUGCACUAGCGGCUUUCGGUGUCACCACGCCCCUCGUGCUUUUAAUGCAUCUUGGGGAGCAAGAAGGCCUCGAACGUUCAUCUCUGCUGCUUCUUCAGGCCUUCUUGGGCAUCGCCAGUGCACUCGGCAGCGCUGCCUUCGGCCUCAUCGUCAUCAAGAACAGCGUGCAAUGUCUCAUCGCGCGCCAGUACUUGUGCCAGGCGGCUGCGUUCAUGAUCAGCGCCUCGCUUCUCGCCUUCACGGCGCUGCACCAGUACCACGGCUACCUACUGUUCGUCUGGAUAUACGGCAUCUUCCUGGGCGGCUACCAGUACUCGCUCAAGAUGUACACGCUCGAGAAAGUACGGGCGCGCAACUUCGCCAAGUGCUGGAGUUUCGUCCAGUGGUGCCAGUCCGUGCCCGUGCUAGUCGGCGUCCCGCUGGCGGGCCUGCUCAACGAGCAGUUUGGAGGCCGCUCGGGUUUCUACGUCGCCUCGGCGUGCUCCUUCCUGGGAGCCAUGUCACUCUUCCUCAUAGAUUUGCACAAGAAGCGCUCCAGGCGCAGCCAGCAGCGGCCCGACUGCCGCCGCUGUUCGGACGCACCCACGACCUCCGGAGCCGACGGCGGCGCGGGUGCCUCGUCCUCGCGCCGUUCCUCCUUCCAGGACUCGUUGGGUCGCGAGACGAGGCUGCAGCAGCGCAGCUUCACCUUCAGCAACUACGCCGACCUGCGGCGCCAGGAGUUGACCUGCAUCUCCGAGGAGGCCAUGAUGGACAACUACCUGGAGGACCUGAUCGACGAUUGCAUCACGUCAUGCAACAAGGAGGAGAAGUACCUCAGGCUCAGUGAGUACGAGAACAACCUCAAUAAGAGCCAGGAGACCCUGGGAAAACGCAUGCGGGGAGCGCGUCGCGCCUCGAUCCUCCUGCCGUACAAGUACGACCAGUGUCCUAGCUGCAUGCGACUCAUGCCUGUGCAGGUGAACGGAGAACCUGCGCGCAGGUCGUCACCCAGGAGGCUGCAGAGGCCCUCCGUGGACGUCAUCGAAGAAGUCACCACCUCGCUCUAACGCUCCCGUUCGUGAAUCGGCCGCGCUGGGAAACGAGAGUCGAGACGUGCGGUGACGACUUCGCUGGAAGUUCCGCUCAGCCAGAUAGUUUAUACGAGAGUGCAGCAGAAGACUGCCACGAGCGAGGUCUUGAGUUUGGACAGACGUACUGUACAUCAUGACCGAGACGUCGACCUUGUCAUUAGAGUGCUGUGCAAAAGACUCGAGUUUGUGUGCUGGUAUUUUUUUCUCCUUUUCGGCACCUUGUUAGCCGCAGUGUUUAUUCCCGUCGAGAGACGAUGGAUAGGUUGCCGCUUGCUGGGUGCUGCACAUGAUCUGCACGUACACGACUUUGGAUUUUUGGCGUGUUUGACACGCGCCUUUCAAAUCUGCAAUAAGGUGGCCAUGUUUUCUAGAGCAUUUUGUGAUGUGUAAAAGCUAACGCGAAGUGUUGAAGCGUUGACAAGGUCGUGUUGUCGUUGUUGUAGUUUUUUUUUAUAACGUGACACCUUGAUCGAGUGUGCUGAUGUCGCUGGCCAUCUACGCCAGAAGACUUGAAAGCGCGCCAUCUUUUUAUUCACUUUCCUUCGGUUGAAUCCAUCCCAAAAGUACUAUCGCUGGAGAAUGUCAAAGUAACAUAAAACAACGCUAUUGCGUGCAACCCUUGUAGCCCACGAUCCCGAACAACCACCAUAAUACGCAAACAUAGGCGGGCGUUUUUCAUUCUUUAAAUUUCCUCCAUUUGGUGUUCAUACACAUCACCAACGCAUGUGAUGCCGCGAGAACAAAAGUCCAAGUGAGAGUGCACGAAAUGAGAUAGGGAAGUGUGGAGUGCUCUGCUGGCCUAGCUGGUGCGUAGUUUAAAGAAUGGCACGUGGUACAAAUGAUACUAUGACACGAAGAAAUAAUCAGUACCGAAAUGAGCGCCGGAACAAGC